AUGGAGAACCAUUCCCUUUUCCCGCCCGGGGUCCGCUUCAAACCCACCGAUCAAGAACUCAUCGGUACCUUUCUCCAUUACUUUUUAUUGAAGACACCGCGGCUACUGCCCCCGCCGCCACACAACACCUUCAUGCACAUGUGCAACCUCUUCGGCAAUAAAUCCCAACCCUCUCAAAUUUGGGAAGCUUUUGGGGGACCAGCAGCACUUCAACUUGCUGCUGCUGAUCAACCCGCCUUGUACUUCUUCUCCGAGCUUAAGAAGAUAACCCCCGAGGGUUCCAAUGUUGAUCGAAAGAUGGGGCUCGGAGGUACUUGGGAAGGCAAGUCGGUGCCCGCUUGGGUUGAAGGGACUGAGGGUAAUUCUACCUGUAUCGGACUAAAGAGAACCUUCUGGUACAAGAAUGAAGGCUCCGAAGACCACGGUGGGUGGAAACUGGAUGAAUACAGUCUCUUUGCAUCUCCGAGGAAGCGCAACAGCCAUACAGGUUACGACUUCGAUUUUGUGCUCUGUCGGUUGAGGAACACGUCUGGCAUUAACAAGAGAAAGUGUUCGACUUCAUCUUCACAGGAUGAUGAAGUGCCAAAGAUGAAGAAGCAGCGUCCUAACGAAGAGAUCGAACAAAACAUGCAUGCGAUCAAUGUUGAGGAGGAAGGACGACAAGGCAAUUAUUCUUGUCUAACUAGUAAUUCUGUGGUUUCUUAUCAAGAGAACAAUGAAUUUGCGGUCGGUGAUUAUGUUGAUUAUGGUUAUGAUGAUAAUGAUCUGAGAUUGACCAUCACUGUUGCCGAAUUAGACAAAAUAUUGGCUAAAGAGCCGACCGAUGGAUCAGUAGAAGCGCUUUUUCUAACAGCUUCUGCCUCAGAGGAAUUGUUAUUGGGUAAAGAAAGACAAGAAGUGCCACUGUCGGUUUCUUCCACUGUUGUCGUUGCCCAUGGAGAAGUGGAAGAUGAAGCAUUGAAUCCAAAUAUGUUAGAGGAGUUAAUUCCUGAAACCCGAGAACUGCCUUUACCAGCAUCAUCUGGGACUGCUGAAGAUGGAACCGUUGAAGAGAAAGCUUGGGAUCCAAGUUUAUUAGAGCAAUAUUGGCUGGCUGAAACGCAAGAAGAGGAACCUCUGAAUCCAAGUUUCUACAGGGAUUUUAUGUUUGCCGAUGGAGGAGUAGAGGAAGCUUAUCAUCCAAGUGCCUUCGACAAUGUGGUCGACCAAUCAUUAUUCUGA